AAAUCCAACCAUACAAGACAGGGUCCAUUAACACAGGACAGAAUCCUGACAGUAUCAUUUUUAUCUGUGGUCCAUCUCAAGCAUACGUUACAUUGUUACUGUUUUUCAUCUAGUAAGAAAAUAAAUGCUUGUGCAAUAAAUAAUUCGGUGGUGCACUGUUUUGUUCUCCUCCCACAGAAACAGAAGAAGAUGAAGCCUGAGGUGGUUUCCUCACAGCUCGGAAACAGCAGUAAUAAUUCUGGAUCUUGUGGGGAGGAGAACCAACCCAUGUCCCUCAUUGUCCUCCUCUGCCUUGUCUUCUUCUUGGGCUUCCUCCUCAACGCCUUCAGCCUCUGGGUGUUCUGGUUCAGGAUGCCCCGCUGGACCUCUGGAACCACACUGCAGUUCCACUUGGCCCUCAGCGACGCCAUCGCGACCCCAGUCACUCCAAUGAUGGCAGUAUACUUCACCUUGGGCAACAAAUGGCCCUUCGGAUGGGCUCUGUGCCAGGUCAACAUCGCUCUGCUCAGUGCACAUUUCUACGGCAGCACCAUAUUCCUCACUCUCAUCAGUAUCCAUCGGUACAUAGUUGUGGUGCACUUCAGCAAAGGCUCAUGUAUGAAACGAAAGCCGUUUGUCAAGAAGCUGUGUGCAGGAGUUUGGUUUGUGAUGCUGAUCCAGGCUCUGGUCUAUGCUCUUGUGCUUCAUCCCAGCAAAGAAAACGGAAACAGUCAGUGUCUCUCCAUCCAUCAGAGGAACCUGACCGACACCUACUUUGUCAUUAACUUUGUCCUGUUCAUCUGUGGGUUCUUUCUCCCUUUCGUUGUGUCUGUUGUGUGCUACACCCUUCUGGCAGACUCCUUAACCCGCCUCAACACAAGCACAGCUCAAGGUCUGAAGGUCAAGGGGAAAUCUCAGAGGAUGAUAGGCAUGUGUCUGGUGAUAUUCGGGCUAUGUUUCCUGCCUCUGAACGUGAUACGAACUGUGGGAGUGGUACUUAAGAAAUACUACCCGCACAAAUGCCAAAUUCUCCUGCAUAUUGAGAAGGUGUAUUAUUCCUGCUGGGUCCUAGCAGGAGUGAACAGCUGCCUGGAUCCACUGUUGUACUGUUUUGGUUCUCAAAACUUUCGAGACAUAUUUAAGUCUCUCAGAAUUGUGCAGGGAGAUGCUCCAAACAGGAGUGAUUCAGAAAUGUCUGCGAAUCAGUAGCAUGGAGUCAGGCAUUAUUGGAUACUACCAAUAGGAGUGGGCCAAGAUUAAGUGUUGGUGGCAAGAACAGGUCCUGAUCAAGUAAGGGUGAACCAUCUACCUCCUAAUUUCACAAAUGUCUGUCUGUUUGUCUGUCUGUAUGAGGAACGCACAAAAUUCAUCUUAUACACUUCUCACAUGGCAUGUGUGUUGUAAAUUGGCGGAGAAAGGGAAGUGCUGUUUUGGGUUUGAUUUGGACACAUGAUACGUUCAAUAAUAAUAAACAUUUGAAUAAACAA